AUGGUUGGUGAAAGUGCAAGUGCUCGGGAGAUCAGUGAAAAGACGUGCCAGAGCACAAGCUUAAUCUGUGAAGAUGAAGAAACUAAUCUGGAUAGGUUGUAUGCUGGGCUUGCACGUUCCAAUUAUUCACAAUCACCAAAUUCAACCUUCGCCAGCGUACGUCGGGAUCCAAAGGAACUAAUAACCACUCCUGUCUACUACAUAUUUGGAAAUGCACUCUUUGAUAUGCUUGUUUUGUUGGGUGUGUUAUUUGGAACUGUCUUCUUCACAUUUAUUAGAUUGAUCCAGUCAACAGUACUGUUUGCAAUAGUACUCGGGUUUUACAUGUUAAUCAAGAUUUCCUGCUUUGUUCUUGGUUAUAUUGCUAUAAAAAGCGUAAACAGAUUAUUCUUUCUGAUCACUAUUGGAGUAGCGGCUCUGGGCUUAAUGUUGGUCGUUUAUCUUCUUGCUAGAUCAUUUACAGCACUUUUUGACUCCAUGGGUGUACAGAAAGUGUUCGAGUUCUUCGUAUCAAUAGUUGAACUUCUAGUUUUCGUACACGUUAUCUACUACAGUAUCAAGCUUAUGUGA